AUCCACAUUCCACAAAAACUCCUCCUCUGUUUCCCCAAACGCAUAAACAAAGAUGGCUUGUUGUUCAGCUUCAUCUCUGCUUUUGCUUCCACUCGGUUCUGCCAAUUGCAAAAAUAUAUGUGCCAGUCAUCAAUCCAGUUUUGGCUUCAAGGUUCAAGGUCUAAAUGUGAGAUGCUCACUUUUCGAUCCUAAAACUCCAAACAUGAGAGAAGAUAGAAAUCAGUUAACUUUAUUCAAACGUAGAGAUGCGAUUGGGUUAGUUCUUGGGGCUUUGAGCUUGCUUAUGGAGCAAGUUGACGCAAAAGGAGCUGGCUUGCCAGCGGAGGAGAAGCCAAGAUUAUGUGAUGAGGCUUGUGAGAAAGAGAUUGAAAAUGUACCUAUGGUAACCACAGAGUCUGGUUUGCAGUAUAAGGAUAUUAAAGUUGGUCGAGGCCCUAGUCCACCCAUCGGCUUUCAGGUGGCUGCUAAUUAUGUUGCCAUGGUACCUUCAGGACAAAUAUUUGACAGUUCAUUGGAGAAAGGCCAGUUUUACCUUUUUCGAGUUGGUGCUGAUCAGGUGAUCAAGGGGCUUGAUGAAGGGAUCCUAAGCAUGAAAGUGGGAGGAAAGCGAAGGCUCUAUAUUCCAGGACCAUUGGCAUUUCCGAAAGGUCUGACUUCAGCUCCAGGAAGACCAAGGGUAGCUCCAAAUAGUCCAGUCAUUUUUGAUGUGAGCUUAGAAUACAUACCAGGUCUUGAAACUGAGGAAGAGUAAGACAACUCACAUCUUCAUUCCCUAUAACAGAUUAACAAGAAAAAAGAAGGUCCAUGACUUGAGUGCUCCAACUUUCUGUCUCCAUUGAUUCUUUUUCUGUUUCUUCUUUACCUGCAAAAGUUCAUUCUUUCCUUCAAAGGUUUUGUAUCCCUUAAAUGAUGAAUAUCCAGAAACUUGUUUCAACACUAUUUCUCCAAGAUACAACUUUUAUGCAAUGGCUUAGUUGAU